GAGUGUGAGAGCUAAAUUGAGGAGUCGAGAAAUCUUACUAGAUGCCCUCCCAGCGAUCAGUGAGAUCCACAAGGUCCCGACUCAUCUUUGUGAGCCCGCCAAGCAAAAGAUGAGUCCCACUUGCGCCGUUCGUCCUCGGCCUCGAUAAAAAUCCCAGAGGUGCUGGCCACCGGACGAACAUAUGAAGGGGUGGAGAUCAAAAAAGCCGUCCUCCUUGUCGGCGGCGCACCUAGUGGCGUGGUCGUGGGCUUUUUUCGCUGUAGAUGUAGAAGCUGUACAACUUCUAGAACGUGUCCUCGAUUCGUGUCCCCCUCCAGCUGACUGUAACUGCCACUGUGAUUGUCCGGAACCUGUUGUCAAAGAACAGCCGCCGCCAGAUCCACCAUGCCCUUUUGUUCCGAUUAUUCCUUAUGGCGUCUGAGGUUUUGCUUUUGGUAAUCAGCUGUUGUUGAACUCAACUUAGACUUAGUAGACUUGAACGACUUCUUCAUGUUCAAUCCUACUUCUUCUAGAUCGAGGACGAGGUGAAGUUGUGUCUUUUAUGACGAACCAGCAACUAUCUAUCACUAUCUUGCUGUUGCAGUCUACGAUUAUGCCGUAUCGACCUGAUCCCAAGCCCUCCUUAUAUCGAUCCCCCUUUCUUCAUUCCCCCGGCCAAAAAACGACCCACGACAUCGAUCCUGCGACUGUCAAGUGCCCAACCGGACAGGUGAAACGCUCUACAGGAGAAUGCUCUGAGAUUACGCCUGAAGCGAUCCAAGAGCUGCAGGGGGUAGUGUCUGCAGCCUUGGCAGAUUUGAAUGUGGCGAGGAAGGAUUUCCAAGACGCGAAGAAGAAUCCAACUGCUGUUCAGGAAGCUGAAUUGAGGAAAAAGAUUCUUUUGUUAAGACAUGACAUGAAACUAUACCAUCUUUAGAUAGAAGGAUCGUGGACCUCCUUUUUCAUCCGGUUACGGGGACAAUGGAAGAUCCAAGAUAGAUGCGUCUCAAGCAGUUAGAUGGAAUUGGUGAAGCUCUAAUCUUGAAAGCACACGAUGCGUAUGAAACCAGUUUGGACAUGCUGCUCGGCGCCUGGGAUAUGGCUCCGUUUCGGAAGAAAAAAGCGGGGGUGGCGGAAGCUGGUAUACUUGUUAGAAGUUUGACGUCUUGUUUUUCUUUUUGCCGUUUUGAGGAACACUUUGACGUCGAAGUGAGGAAAGAACAGCUCUUCAUCAUCAUCUACUUCUAAGCUAGUAAGUAGCUUUUUGAUUAACUUAUAAAUAUAUUCUACUUGAAGAUCAAUCAAAUCUUCCACCUUGAUCAUCAGCUCCCGGUCCUGCGGAAUUCAUCGGCGACAACGCUGCUGAGGGCAAGAAAGCCCAUUGCGAGUCCUGGCCGGCUCUCCUCACGGGAUUUGAAAUGACUAAGGCGAGUUGCGGUAUCGUGUGUCGACAGCAACCGGCGUGUACUGGUUUUUCGAUGAUGGGAGAGGGCAGUUCCCAGGUGUGCAUCUGGUUUGGCUCCGAUGCCGAGAAUGAUCCAGAGUCAGCGUGUGCAAAAGCAGGGAAAGAUAUGGCUGAGGACUCCUUCUUGUUUUUUCUGAUCCUAGUUCUUCAUCAGAUGGGUCGCAUUCGAAUUCGUAUUGUAAGCUACAGCUAGAACAAAAUAAAGAAAAUAAAAGGCAUCGUGUCUAACAACCACGCCUCCGCCACCGGUUUCUAUCUCAGAAACGAGCCUGGGCGAGUCACAACUGAACUUGGGAUUGAUAUCUCAAAGGAUUUGAGCACUGUAGCCAGGCUCCAGGACAUUCUAUCUACGCAGUUCGUUGACACCGACACGGACGCCAAAGGAGCCACUACCCAUUUUGACAACUGGAUGGGCACUGGCAAAAUCGAAGGCACGGAUGAUGAGAUGAUGGGUAUCUCUUAACGUGUGAUUUGAUGAAAGCUUUUGGAAUGUAAGUACAUAGAUGUACGCAAGAAGUAGAGAUGAAAACUCCUGACGACCACUCGAAAUAGCAAGCCAGAAAUAAGAUGACUCAUUUAGCAUGCUCAUCUCCUUCUCCUUCAACGUCUACUCUCUACCAGAGCACUUCCUCGCUUCCAAGCAAGCUUAUUCGCAGGAGGUCGUGAACACCAAAAAAGUUUGGGUCAAGUUGAUGGAAGUAGUGCGUCGUUUAGCAGAAGAAAUCCAGAAAGACGCAGAGGACGUUCAUCCCUUUCCGGAACCACCAGCGGUACUUUUUGUUGUGGUUUUUUUUUCCUCUCUGUAGCAAAGGUCUGUAGCUGUCGCAGCUAGAUUGAAAAUGAAAAUCUUCUACCUCGAUCAACGAAACACAAAGAAUUCUUGAUCCUGCCUGUGAUUUGCCUACGGAGCUUCCGCCCCAAAGCCAAACUUCACUUACACCACACAACUCUCAGCCCCCACCACCACCACCGAAGAAGAAGCCGCUUAGCUGGUCCGAACAUCCGAAUUCACAAGACACCAAGUGGUCCCAGAAGCACCCUGAGUGUCCUCAAGGGCCUCCUUGCGUAUGCGAAUGCGCUUGCCGAGGCUCGCCCGCGCAGAAUUUCGUGCCGGCACCGCCUCCACCACCUAAGCCGUGUCCUAAGGCAGUGCCGCCUCCGGCAAGUGGUAUUUCUGCAGUGGCGCUUCUGCAGGAGCGGAAGAGUUUGCGGCAGAUGAUGGUGGAGAAGAGGAGGAUGAAGGGGAUGAAGUAGAGCUGUUGGACGAGGAUAAGAGGUUGGAUCAUUUACAGUACAUCGCUGUUGACGCGAAGUGUACUAGUACGAUGACUAAGCAGUGGUCCACCCAUUUGUUUUUUCCCAAUAGUGAUUAGCAUUCAGGAGACCACAAGGCAAGGGCAAACUCUAAUUCGAAGAUACCUUUUUUUCCAUUUCCAUCGUCUCUGUCUGUUAAAUAGAAUAGCUCUUCAUCGACGUCUUGCCAGCAAAUACAGCUACGCGGAGCUGUUCCACGUCAACACGGUGAACCGAGGCGGUGGAUCAUGCGAUUGGACUUCGAGA